CAUGGAUGGAGCCGCUGGUCUGUGGCAGUCCGGCUGAGCUGUGUGAGAACGGACAAACCACCACCGUCGGGACCAUGGCACGCCUGGCCGACCCGUGCGCACUGUAGAACCCGCCCGGAGGACUUCCAAACCCCCCCCACCCCCCAGUAAACUGAAGGAAUGUGACACGGUCCGGUGAGGUGACACCAGGCUGGAGACGGCGGGUUCGCAAGUUUACGCACAGAAUUUAACGUUUUUUCUGAACGACGCCGGCGCGGAGCAGGUUUUCCUAGGCAGGGAUUUUUUUGGGGGGGAAAGAGGCGGCGAGGGUGAAACCAUCCGAACUGAGACCGAGAGAGACUCUGUCCUUGGAAAACAUUUUGUCUCUGUCCACCGUGGAUGUGAGUCCCGCAGCGCAUCAGUGAAAAACCCAGAAGACAUCAGCCGCGCUCGGGGGGGAAGGAAACAGGAUCACAGGGAGAGAUCCACUUUAAAUCAGGAGAAACAUGUGAAGAGCCUUGCAAAGUUUGGAAAGAAUUUGCCUCCGACAACAAAAAGGCGAAGGUCUCCUCCCUUCUGCCACUCACCCAUUCUCUCUGCUUCCUCUGCACGUCCCUCGCAGGCCCGUUAAACAUGGAGGGCCGGCGGGCUACACGCAGGACUUUAUCACCUGAGGGUGUAGCUACUUUGCUAGUCCUCUGGCUCUUGGCGUCCCCCGUCUUGUGCAGUGGGCAGACAUUCACUAAUUUCCACCCUGAACGCCGGGACUGGAUCUUCAACCACUUGACGGUCCACCAAAGCACAGGGGCAUUGUAUAUUGGAGCGGUCAACCGUGUGUACAAGCUCUCGGGCAACCUGACCCUCCUGGUGUCCCAUGAUACAGGCCCAGAGGACGACAACAAGGCCUGCUACCCCCCGCUGAUCGUUCAGCCGUGUUCUGAGCCCCUCGUCUCGACCAACAAUGUCAACAAGCUCCUCCUCAUUGAUUAUUCUCAGAAUCGGUUGCUGGCCUGCGGCAGCCUCUACCAGGGCGUCUGUAAACUCCUCAGAUUGGAUGACCUCUUCAUCUUAGUGGAGCCGUCUCAUAAGAAAGAGCACUACCUCUCCAGUGUCAACCAGACCGGGACCAUGUAUGGGGUCAUCGUGCCUUCACAAGGCCAGGAUGGGACCCUGUUUAUCGGCACAGCCGUAGAUGGAAAACAGGACUAUUUCCCCACCAUCUCCAGUCGAAAGCUGCCCCGUGACCCAGAAUCCUCAGCUAUGCUUGACUAUGAAUUGCACACCGACUUUGUGUCGUCCCUCAUCAAGAUACCGUCAGACACACUGGCACUGGUCUCCCACUUUGAUAUUUACUAUGUUUACGGCUUUGCCAGUGGCAGCUUUGUUUACUUCCUGACUGUCCAGCCUGAGACCCCCGAGAACAGCAUGUCAUCGAGUGGCUCCUCCAACGACCUCUUCUACACCUCUCGCAUUGUCCGCCUCUGCAAAGACGACCGCAAGUUUCACUCCUACGUCUCCCUCCCCAUUGGCUGCGUGAAAAACGGCAUUGAGUACCGGCUCCUGCAGGCCGCCUACCUCGGCAAACCGGGGCGCAUCCUCGCCUCCUCGCUCGGCAUCGGCGCCCAGGAUGAUGUGCUCUUCACCAUCUUCUCCAAGGGCCAGAAGCAGUUUCAUCAACCGCCAGAUGACUCAGCACUCUGCGUCUUCACCAUCCGGGACAUAAACGCACGGAUCAAGGAGCGCCUGCAGUCCUGCUACCAGGGAGAAGGAAACCUGGAGCUCAACUGGCUGCUUGGGAAGGAUGUGCAGUGCACCAAAGCACCGGUGCCCAUUGACGACUCUUUCUGUGGCCUGGACAUCAACCAACCACUGGGAGGUUCCCAGCUGGUCACCGGUCACACUCUCUACACCGACACCCGCGACCGCAUGACUUCUGUCACCUCCUACGUCUACAAUGGCUACUGUGUGGCCUUUGUGGGCACCAAGAGUGGACGGCUAAAGAAGAUUCGUGUCGACGGGCCUCCUCACGGUGGCGUCCAGUACGAGACGAUAUCGGUCAUCAAGGACGGCGGUCCAAUCCUGCGAGAUAUGGCCUUCUCCCUCGACCGCAACUACCUCUACGUCAUGUCUCAGAGACAGGUUACCCAAGUUCCCAUCGAGUCGUGCGAGCAGUACGGGACCUGUGGAGAGUGCCUGAGCUCCGGGGACCCACACUGCGGCUGGUGUGUCCUGCAUAACAUCUGCUCUCAGAGGAGCCGGUGCGAGCGUGCAGAUGAGCCGUAUCGUUUCGCCGCCUCUCUCAACCAGUGUGUGAAGGCCACAGUGUACCCGGACAGCAUCGCGGUGUCAGAACCCAGUGUACCUCUGCUGGUGAAGGUGAGCGAUGUUCCGGACCUUUCCGCGGGCAUCACCUGCUCCUUCGGCAACCUGACGGAGGUGGAGGGCCAGGUCAACGGCAACCAGAUACUCUGCGUGUCUCCUGCUGCCAAGGAUGUCCCUGUCAUCCCCACCGACCAAGAUUGGUCGGGCGUUGAGCUGAGGCUGAAUUCUAAAGAGACCGGUCAGAUGCUUAUCAGCACCGAGGUCAAGUUCUACAACUGCAGCGUCCACCAACUGUGCCUGUCAUGUGUGAACAGCGCCUUCCGCUGCCACUGGUGCAAGUACCGCAACUUGUGCACCCACGACCCCUCCAGCUGUUCCUUCCAGGAGGGCCGGGUCAACGCCUCAGAGGACUGUCCCCAGCUGGUGCGCAUGGGGGAGAUUCUGAUCCCAGCGGGGGAGGUGAAGCCCAUCACCCUGAAGGCCAGGAAUCUGCCACAGCCGCAGUCCGGCCAGCGAGGCUACGAGUGCGUCCUCCACAUCCAGGGGGUCAGCCACAGGGUCACUGCCCUCCGCUUCAACAGCUCCAGCGUGCAGUGCCAGAACAGCUCGUAUCUGUACGAGGGAAUGAAAAUCAGUGAGCUGCCUGUGGAUUUCUCAGUGGUGUGGAACGGCAACUUCAUUAUUGAUAACCCGGAGAAUAUCCAAGUGCACCUCUACAAGUGCGCGGCCCAGCGGGACAGCUGCGGCGUGUGUCUGAAGGCGCAGAGGAAGUUCCAGUGUGGCUGGUGCAGCGGAGAGGGGAAGUGCACCUUGCGGCACCACUGCCCCCCCAUCAACCCGUACACCACCCGCUGGCUCAACCUGUCCACCAAGAACGUCAAGUGCACCAACCCACGCAUCACCGAGGUGACCCCAGUGGCCGGACCCCCCGAGGGAGGCACGCGGGUGACCAUCCACGGCACAAACCUGGGUCUGGCCUUUUCGGACAUGGUGGGCAACGUGGAGGUGGCGGGGGUGAGGUGCACCCCUGAGGAGGAGGGUUACAUCAUCGCCGAACAGAUUGUGUGUGAGAUGGACGUGGCUCCCCCAGAGAGUCGCCCGGGUCCGGUCCAGCUGUGCGUUGGAGAGUGUCGACCAGAGCUCCGGGCUCGCUCCUCACAGCUCUUCUCCUUUGUGACUCCCAGCGUCACAGGUCUCUCCCCCAGCCGAGGUCCAGAGUCUGGAGGCACCAAAGUGACCAUAAUAGGAGAAAACCUGGGCGCCGGCAGCAGCGUCAACGUGCAGUUUGGAAACCAAACAUGCGAGUUCUUCGGACGGACCAUGUCGGAGAUAGUUUGCUACUCAGCCCCUUCGCUGUCCGGCGUGGGCCCGGUGCAGAUCAGCGUGGGCGUGGACCAUGCUCAGAUCAGAGAGAGCCUCACCUUCGAGUACAUCGAAGACCCGACGGUCCAGCGCAUGGAACCAGACUGGAGCAUCGCGAGCGGCAACACCCCUCUCAUGGUCACCGGAACCAAUCUGGACGUGGUCCAGGAGCCCAGGAUCCGAGUGAAAUACUCCGGCCGAGAGUCUGUGAACGUGUGUAAGGUAUUGAACACCACGAGCAUGAGCUGCUUGGCUCCAUCCCUGGCGGCAGAAUACCUCCCGGGUUUGGAGACGGUGAAGCACGCAGACGAGUUCGGCUUCAUCUUCAACAACGUCCAGGCGCUGCUGGUGUACAACAACACCAACCUCCUCUACUACCCAAACCCGUACUUCGAGCCGCUCAGCGCCUCUGGAGUCCUGGAGCAAAAACCCGGCUCCCCCAUCAUUCUCAAGGGCAGAAACCUGGUUCCCCCAGCAUCGGGAGGGGUGAAGCUUAACUACACGGUGCUGAUUGGAGAGACUCCCUGCUCGGUCACCGUGUCUGAGAGCCAGCUGCUGUGUGAGCCGCCGAACCUCACCGGGCAAUACAAAGUCAUGGUUCAAGUAGGUGGUCUCCACGUUUCCCCCGGCGCGGUCCACAUUAUGUCCGACAGCCUGCUCACCCUUCCCGCCAUCGUCAGCAUCGCCGCCGGCGGAGGCCUCCUCCUCAUCAUCGUCAUCCUCGUCCUCAUCGCCUACAAGCGGAAGUCGCGGGAAAAUGACCUCACCCUGAAGCGCCUGCAGAUGCAAAUGGACAACCUGGAGUCUCGGGUUGCCCUGGAGUGCAAAGAAGCUUUUGCCGAGUUACAGACGGACAUCAAUGAGCUGACCAGCGACCUGGACCGAGCUGGAAUCCCCCAUCUGGACUACAGGACGUACGCCAUGAGGGUCCUCUUCCCCGGCAUCGAGGAUCAUCCUGUCCUCAGAGAACUGGAGGUGUCAGGUAACGGCCAGCAGAAUGUGGAGAAGGCCUUGAAGCUGUUCGGCCAGCUCAUCAACAACAAACUGUUCCUGCUCACCUUCAUUCGCACGCUGGAAAUGCAGCGUUCCUUUUCCAUGAGGGACCGCGGCAACGUGGCCUCACUUAUCAUGACGGCCCUGCAAGGGCGGCUGGAGUACGCCACCGACGUCCUGAAGCACCUGCUGUCGGACCUCAUCGACCGCAACCUGGAGAGCAAGAACCACCCCAAACUGCUGCUGCGGAGAACGGAGUCGGUCGCAGAGAAGAUGCUCACGAACUGGUUUGCCUUCCUUCUUCACAAAUUCCUCAAGGAGUGUGCUGGGGAGCCACUGUUCAUGCUGUACUGCGCCAUCAAGCAGCAGAUGGAGAAAGGGCCCAUUGAUGCCAUCACCGGAGAGGCCCGCUACUCCCUGAGUGAAGACAAACUCAUCCGCCAGCAGAUUGAGUACAAAACACUGAUCCUGAACUGUGUGAACCCGGACAACGAGAACAGUCCGGAGAUUCCAGUGAAGGUGCUGAACUGUGACACCAUCACCCAAGUGAAGGAGAAGAUACUGGAUGCCGUUUACAAGAAUAUGCCGUAUUCUCAGCGGCCACGAGCUGUGGACAUGGACCUCGAGUGGCGCCAGGGGCGAAUGGCUCGCGUGGUGUUGCAGGAUGAAGACAUCACCACCAAGAUAGAAAACGACUGGAAGCGACUCAACACUCUCAUGCACUACCAGGUGUCGGACCGCUGCGUUGUGGCUCUGGUGCCGAAACAGACCUCGUCAUACAACAUCCCCACCUCGGCCAGCAUAUCACGCACCUCCAUCAGCAGAUACGACUCGUCGUUCCGCUACACGGGAAGUCCCGACAGCCUGCGAUCGCGUGCCCCCAUGAUCACCCCCGAUCUGGAAAGCGGUGUGAAGGUGUGGCAUCUGGUGAAGAACCACGAGCACGGCGACCAGAAGGAAGGAGACCGCGGCAGCAAGAUGGUCUCUGAGAUUUAUCUGACCCGGCUGCUAGCGACCAAGGGUACACUACAAAAAUUUGUCGACGACCUAUUUGAGACGUUGUUCAGCACGGUCCACAGGGGGAGCUCUCUUCCCUUGGCCAUCAAAUACAUGUUCGACUUCCUGGACGAGCAGGCGGACAAACAUGCCAUUCAUGACACAGACGUACGUCACACAUGGAAAAGCAACUGCCUCCCAUUGCGUUUCUGGGUGAACGUGAUCAAGAACCCGCAGUUUGUGUUUGACAUCCACAAGAGCAGCAUCACGGACGCCUGUCUGUCCGUCGUGGCUCAAACCUUCAUGGACUCCUGCUCCACAUCAGAGCACCGCCUUGGCAAAGACUCUCCAUCCAAUAAGCUGCUCUACGCUAAAGAUAUCCCCAAUUACAAGAGCUGGGUAGAGAGGUACUACGCUGACAUCAACCGGCUGCCAUCCAUCAGCGACCAGGACAUGAAUGCGUAUUUGGCAGAGCAGGCCAGACUCCACUCCACAGAGUUCAACAUGCUCAGCGCGCUCAACGAGAUCUAUUCCUACAUCAGCAAGUACAGCGAGGAGAUCAUGGCUGCUCUGGAGCAGGACGAGCAGGCGAGGAAACAGCGGCUCGGCUACAAGGUGGAGCAGCUCAUCUCUGCAAUGUCCCUCGAGAGCUGAGAGUGACCCCUGCUGACGAGCAGAGGGAACGAGGAAGAGCGGACCACAGUCUCUACUGGACCUUCCAAAAUGGUCCCACAUUACUUACCUCUCGUCGUGGGGGGGGGGGGGCCUCAACCACGAGCCGGACCUGGGACCUCUUGUAUUCACGGCCCGACAGACACACAACUGCAUUCAUUUGUCACACUCCCUCUUUGACUUUCAUGAGCUAAGGGCCCACAGACUGAGACAGAGGCCCCUGCAGCUGGGGCCGAAAGUGACACGAGGAAGGAACGUCAGCGGAGAACACAUGGCUUGUAUUUAUUUUAUUUUUUGUUUGCUUUUUGUUUUCUCAAAGGACAUUUUCUCUCAGUUUAACAGGAAAGUGGGUGCAUGCGCGUGUGUGUUUGUGUGUGUGUGUGUGUGUGUGUGUGUGUGUGUGUACUGAGGAAGACUCCUGCAAAGACUGUGAGAGCAAAUGGAGAUUUAUUCUCUACUCUCAUCCGAGUGUGAAAUGGAGAAAAAAAAGAAAGGAGAAGCGAGAAGCACAGGAGCAAACCUCACGUUGGACAGCGACGCUCAGAUUUCGCAGAUUUUAUUUUUGUACUUGUACAUGUGAAUAUUAUCAGUUGCAGUUGAAAUACCCCCAGGAUGCUGUUGUACAGAGACAUGGACAGAGUGACGCUGCAUCGGGGUGGCGUGGUCGUUAUACAGGCCAUGAUCCAUGUCUUCUCUCCCUCCCUGCCUCCUCGGACUUGAUGCUUCAACGUGACUCGGACAAAAACGUCUCCGCUCUUUAUCCAAUCAGAUGUGUACAGGAAACUCUGUGCACGCGCGUCAUCGAAGAGUCAAAUGAACUCCGCUGGUGGUGGUCACGGCUCAGCCAGCAUGCUCGCACCUAGACUGAGGAUGACGACGGACGAGGUCUAUACAGUGUAUUUAGGAGAUGACCUUGACUCAGCAUCACUCGGGCGUCCAAGGCUUUCUCCAGCAGUUAGGUCAUCUGUGUGUGUGCCGGUCGAUAACUUGCCAAUCAGUGUCUGUGAAUGUACAAAAUGUUUUUAUUUGUUUUGUUUUGAGUGUACGUCUAUUUGAGUUUUAUCAAAACACAAAGGGACUCAGUUGAACUGAGCUCCGUAGAUAUUUACAGCAUCAAGUGUCAACUGUCCUGACCCCAAAACCGUCCGGCUGCGUUUAUCAUCCACUUUUCUGCUCGAGGAGAGUGUAUCGUCGAGCAGUUAUUACAAACCAGUGGCUGUGUGUGUGAAGAUGGAUGACAGGUCUUCUUCACCUUCUGGAUAAAACCCUGGAUGAACACCCCAACUUGAAAGAUUAUCCAAUGUGUUCUUUGACUUUUUAGUUUGGUCUGUGUCCCAUCUGCUAACAUGGAGGAGGUGGGAUUUAAGACCUAAUCUUCAGCCAGCCACCAGGGGGUGAUCCUGUUAUUUUGACUUCUCUUUUGAGGAUCUGUCGUGUCGUCCAUCUUCACAGCAUUUAGAGUCUAUUAGAUACCAGACAAGACCCUUUGGUAAAACUCUGUUUGUAUCCGUGGGAACUUUCUGUUUCCUCUGCAUGCGAUCGCACAUCACAAUGUUUUUUUUUAAGGGUCCAUCUUUGAUUUUAUCAAGUGCCAACGAGUCCUGCCAGUUCUUGUUGGCCAGUUGAGACGGCAGCUGAUGGGAGAUCUUACCCGACCACCGUCCACGUCUUCGCACGGACAAUAAAAAGCCUACAGCCGCGUGGGUCGACUUUGACCAAGUGCCAAAAGAUCCUGUCGUUUCCGAUUCUUCGCUAAUGUGUCAAAAAUCGGUUUAUGCUUUACAGAGGGAGCCAAGCUCUCGUAUUUUGGAGUGUGGAGCCGGUUGAGGUUGAAGCGCGAAUAACUGGAGUUUAAAAAGUCUCGAAAGGUACGAAACCCUGAGCAGGAGAAAAAGAGGAUGGAGUUCAAAAAAACAUAAACACACACACACAAGACAGGAGUAUGUUUCAUGUUUUGUGGAUGCGUCUUCAGACUUAAACCAAACAGUCACCAGCUAAAAGGCCGAUGUAACCUUCCAACCUUCUAGCUGGACGACGACAAACUGUAGAUUCCGUCCUCUGGAUAUAAUUUUCCUCUCAGAUAUAUAUUUGCUUGUUGUUUACAUCAAGUACUUGAACAUAUGUAGUACUAAAGGUUUGUACAGUGCAGUACUGCAAGUGUGUGUGUGUGUGUGUGUGUGUGCUGAGAGUGUGAAAAACACCAUGGGCGGGUGAAAGGUGCUUCUUUUUCUCUGUGGCCUUAGAUACCCACCUGCAUGUUCACGAUCUUAUUAGUCCUCGACUCAUCACAUUUCUCUCAGUGCUUCUCGGAGCCCAGCGGUUUUUUUUUUUUGGGUGAUACCUGGCCCGGGCGCUCGGCUGCCAGAUAAAGUGAGAGGAAAGGUGAAGAGGGUACGGGCCCGGCUCAGGCAGACAUCGCCUCGCUCGGCGCCCAGUUUGCCUGCGCUGUUUGAAGAGAAGUGUCGAGAAGCGAGGGAGAGAGGGGAAGGUAGAGAGAGAGAGCGAGAGAGAGAGAGAGAACCCCUUUAGCUCUAGUUUCCUGCUCCGGCUUUGAAGCUGCUCUUUGAUGUGAGUCAGUUGUGUGCACAGUGUGAUCAGGAGAUGGGGGGGAAAAAAGAAGAAACAUCAAACUCGCAGCCAAGGAGAAAUGUAAGAUGAGGUGAUGAUUGACGCGCUAUUACUGAGCCUGGCCAGUGGGGGGCAGAAGUGGGUAAGAGUGGUUGUGUUUUGCUCCUUCGUUUGAAAAAGCACCUUUUUUUUCGCUCCCUGACUCAAACAUGUAGGUACACAACAGAUUCAGAGCGCAAACACACGAAGCUUCUUCCUUUUGAUUAAGGUGUCUUCCCAAUUUCAGCGAAUAGAAUUGUAUCCUCCUCAUACCUCACAUUGCUUGUAUGGAGUAAUGCUUUUUUUUUUUUUUAUCAUUUUAACAGGACGUAAAUGCCUUUUCCUUUUCCCAAGGGAUGAACUGUAGGUGUGUUAAAGUCCCUCCGACACUUAGCGGAGUCCCCUGUUGUCAGAUCUGAAAUCAGACACACACAAAUUAGAGUCGAGAGUGUUUGAUUUUUUCCCUCAAAGAUCAUUUAUAUCAUCGCCUCCUUUUGUCUCGUGUGAGAUUUUUUUUGCAUGCGUUAUAUUUCAUGCUUCAGUUCUGUGUGGUUUCUCCACGUCGAGCCGCGCCGCCAACAGUCGAACUGCGUUUCUUCCCGAAAGCCCAUUUGUACGCGUCUUAAAUCACAGCUGAAUGCACCUUUUCUUUUGUGAAAGAGAUUUCUUUUGGUGGGGGGGGGGGGGUUGUUUUUGUUACUUAUUGCUUGUUUCCAUGCUUGAUUCUGGGAACCUUUUCAAUUCAGUUUGAAGUGAGAAGAAGGAAGCAUGUUUACUCUUUCUGCAGCGCAGAAGGAAGUUUGACUGCCAGUAGUGACACGGAGAGACGCUCAUAAACACGACCUCAUUCCAGCUCAAGCUGAUUGCAAACUGAAGAUGCUAUGUGCACUUUUUUCUUUUUUGGGGGGCUCUCGGUGUAAUGUGUUGCCGAAGAGAUGAUGUUGCGGUUUUUUUCUGGCACAUGUCGUCAUCCCUAUAGAGGACAAAGCAUUUUUUAUUGUUUGUUUCAUGGCAUCAGACUGAGGAACUGAAAUCCAGAUCAAUGUAAUAAUCUCAAUUAUCACCAAGUAUAAAAUGAGUAUCCUUCCAUUUUAAACACGUUGUAAACAAACCCUUUUUAGACACUGGAGUUCUGUAAAAUAGUAAUUACUGGCAAUGAUGAUGACGAUGAUGAUGAUGAUGAUGAUGAUGAUGAUAAUAAUAAUGGCUGUCUGUUCUUCUUGUUUUAUAAAAGUGUUGUGAAAAAUUGUAAGAAACUUAAAGUAUUUAAAAAAGUUUGUUCUCUUGUUUUUUAUUUGCUUUGGUUUUUGUUAUGAUAAUAUAUUAUUGUGUACCUAUUGUAAAUAUGAAGCACACCUAUUUUGCAAGCCAAGGAUUCACUUUGUACUGUUGUUAUAUAUAAAUAAACUUUGCUGGUUAAAAAUUGCA